CCCCUUUCGGUCCUGGCUAACAUGCAAGGCAGAGUUUUAAUUCCUUGGUUUAAGGAAACUUAGGCAAAGCAAAGCCCUGGAGGAAGGACUGCUGUCCUGGAUGAGGCAUUUCUCUUGGAGUCACUGCUCAGCAACACUUCUAGAGGACUGACCCAGGCCAGGCCUUCUUUGUCACCCUCCACUAUGUCUGACUUAGAAGACGAUGAGGAGACUUGUUGGAACAACCUGGAGAACUUCCGUGUCAAGUUGAUCUCCGUGAUCGAUCCUUCUAGGAUCACCCCUUACCUCCGGCAGUGCAAAGUUAUAAACCAUGAUGAUGAGGAACAGAUCCUUAAUGACCCCAACCUGGUGAUCCGGAAAAGAAAAACAGGCGUUCUCCUUGAUAUCCUCCAAAGGACAGGUCAGAAAGGUUUUGUAGCAUUUCUUGAGAGCCUAGAACUCUACUAUCCUCAGCUUUACAAGAAAAUAACAGGAAAAGAACCCACCAGGGUCUUCUCAAUGAUUAUAGAUACAGCUGGAGAGUCCAGCCUGACAGAGCUGCUGAUGAAUGAGAUCUCAAAGCUUCAAAGCGCCAACCGUGAGGAAAGGCAAAAAAUCCAGGAGCUGAACCAGCUGCUCCAGACCAAGGAGGACAUCAUCAAGGAGAUGCGGGUGAGGGACAACGUCUUGCGCAAGCACCAGGAAAGGGCACAGCGGAUGAAGGAGGAGAGGGACAACCUCAGCAAGGAACUGAAGCGAUGCAAAGACGAAAACUAUGAACUGGCUAUGAGCUACGCAAGGCAGAGUGAGGAGAAAAAUGUGGCCCUGAUGAAGAACCGGGAUCUGCAGCUGGAGAUUGACAGCUUGAGGCACAGCUUGAUGAAGGCCGAGGAUGACUGUAAGCUGGAGCGAAAGCAUACGUUGAAGCUGAGGCACGCCAUUGAGCAGAGGCCCAGCCAUGAGGUUGUGUGGGAGAUCCAAAGGGAGAAGGACCUGCUCUUGGCCAAGAACAAGGAGCUGGAAAGUACCUUACAGGUCACCAAGAAAGGCAGCUCUGAGAAGGAGAAUGUUUCCAUCCAGGCUCUUGAGGCGGAGCGAGCCCAGAUGUUGAGAGAGCACCAGGAGCUUGUAAAUACGAUCUAUGAUUUGCGCCAAAUGCUCCGGCGAACCGAAGAUCUGCGGGAAAAACUUAUGGAAGAAAAGGAGGUGUUGGAGUUGCAAUGCACAUCUCUCCAGAACGACAACCGGGUUUACCAGGAUCGUAUCCAGACCAUCUUGAAACAGAUGGAAGAGGUGGCUGCCGAAAGGGAUCAGGCUCUCUUGAAUCAAGAGAGGUUCCACAGACAGUAUUCCAAGAGUCUGAGAGAGAAAGACAUCUACCGGAAGCAGAUCAGAGAACUUGGAGAGAAGUGCGAUGACCUGCAGCUCCAGCUCUUCCAGAAAGAAGGGCAGCUGCUUAGUACGGAAGCCAAGUUCAAAAGAUUACGCCUUGAUCCUUCAUCACUGACUUCAGACCUAGAGGAAACAUCAUCCAGAAGCUCCCAAGAAGAAAUGAGAAAAGGACAACCAGUGAACAUUCAUUCACAAAAAGAAGCUAUUCUCUCCCUCUCUUUUUCUUGCAUGGAGCUGACCUCUCCUGGAAAUCCAGAUGAAGAUGUGAAAGGCACAGAGAAAAAAGGCUCCAACGUAAAGGACCAGGAGGAAUUCAGUGCUUUGGGAAAUAUGCAGCUUUCUCAGUCGCCACAGGAAGGCAGCUCGCUCAAUGGAGAACUAACAGAGAAAGAACGCCGGCGAAUGAAGGACACUUUUGAGCAGUACCGGAGAAAGAGAGCCCUGCGGAAAAUGCAUAAAGUCAGGUACCACGAAGUGGACUGGGAAAACACAUCCGGCAGCGACAACACAGACACCGAAGGCUCCUGACGCUUGUCCACCACAGGAGGGAAAGAAGUUGCGACUUUGUUUGGGCACCUUUUCUUGGGCACUUGUGUUGUUGUAUUCCCCCCAAGCAACCAAUGUACAUAGAGACACCUCAUUCCCAAGGAAUGGACACGAAGGAAGCAAGGAAACAGUGUCCUCUGGGCCCAAAUCACCUUUUAAAAGCAAGUGUUCUCCACUUAACAAAGGUGCUUGUUGGAGACAACGUGGAUGUUGAAAGAAGUAUAUUUUAGUGUUGUUAAUGGAGUUGUUUUAGUGUUGUUCAUGGAGUUGUUCAUGGAGUUAUGCUUUGCAACUGUUGGUUGUAAUAAAGUAGCUUGUCAAGUGUUAAAAAAACACCAAAAAAUAAUUACAUUGGAAUAAAGCAUACCA